AUGUCUUCACGCGACCUCUCCGAAUCACAAACGACAUUUCCUUCCGACAGCGAAAACUACGACGCGAAUCACUCGAAUCAAGAUUCAUCAGAUGAGCCAACAUCAGACUCGAGCAGUCCCAUGAUCCUAUACCAACCGCCAACGAUAUGGAGCUUGAUGAGAGGAGCAGCAAUAAACCUACUAUUACCGUUUGUCAAUGGAUUGAUGUUGGGAUUUGGAGAGUUGUUUGCACAUGAGGCGGCGUUCAGGUUAGGGUGGAGUAACACGAAGAUCUUUCCAACACAUAGGAGUCAGGCUCACAAGAUUGGGCCGGGUAUUGAGAUCAAGGAUGAUCCAGUGGAGCGAAGACGGAGAAGUGGUCGGGAGGUGGAUGCUUACACCUCGUUGGAGUAA